CGGCGAGGGGCGCGGAGGGCUGCGGCGCCGGCGCGCGGAGGCUGUUGCGCUCAGAGCACCUGCGCCCGCGCUCCGUAGCGCCGCUCGCCGCGUGCUCGAGUCCCCGCGCGCGCCCCAGCGUCGCGACGCCGCCCACGAAGUUGAAGUCGGUGAAGUCAAGUGUAGAGCGGGGUGCUCCUGAGUGGAGCCUCCGCCCGCACGACGACGUCGCCGCUAGCGUUACGCCGCGGCGGGAUGUCCGCGUCACCGCCGAGCGAGGAGCGCGCGCGCACGCCCCGCUCCCCGCCCCGCUCGCCCGCGCCCGCGCACGCCGUUCUGGCGACCAUGACUCCUGUGCAGCCCGCGCACGACUACUACCCGCACAAGGUGGAGAUGGACUCGGACGAUGGCUACCCCCCUGACCCGCACUCAUACCGCCACUCUCCUCACGAGCUGGCCGCCUACGCUCCCGACAACAAGGUGCCCGUCCAGCCGGACGUCUAUGAUCAGGGAAUGGAAUCCAUUGACGAGAAGACGCCUAUAGAUCUCAUAUAUGCAGAUGAUAAACAGACCGUGAUAUACACGACGACGCCGGAUCAGAAGCGCGUGGAAAUGAUCAGUGAGCAAUUGGACGAUGGACAGCUCGUGAGCGGGGGCGGUCAGCUAGUGGACGGCGUGUCGGUGGUGGUUGGCCCACCGGGACAAGCCGUGGUCGUCAUCGCCGACCACGUUGUCGACGAGCUCGGACAAGUCAUCCCGAUACCCAGGAGACGUAAAGAAGCGAUGGAGGUUGGUGGGGAAUGGCGCGCGUACUACUCGAGCGGGGCAGAGCACCCGCUGAGCGCAGCCACCUCGGCAGUGCUGGGGGUGGCCGACGACCAACCGCAAGCCUUGGAGUACUACAAGCUGCCCCCACUUGCGCAAGACACCCACCUCAGUCUGCAUAAAGAGAAUGCAAAACUCAUCGAUGUUUGGCCGGCCGGCGGAGCGCUGAAGGCGGCCAAUGGCGCGCACGGGGCGGAGCUGAGCGAGCUGUCGGGGCUCCUGCACGCGGGGCUCGUGAAGCGCGAGCCCGAGGACCUCAGCCGCAAGGUGGUCGACGAGCCCGAGCCGCACGCGCUCAAGCCGCCGCGACACAAGGUGGCGGUCGGCGAGCCCGGCGAAGCGGCGUCGCCGUCCCCGGUGCCGUCGCGCGCCUCCUCAGCCGGCUCCUUGCUGCCGGACGCCACCAUGUAUGCUGCCCAGAUGUUUGCGCCGCCCGGCACCCCCAGUCCGACCCCAUACGGCGAUCAAUAUUCGCGCCAGCCUGCUAGUUUCACCGGCGAAACGUACUACAGAGAGUACUAUGUAGGUGACGGUUACCAGCAGAGAGCUGCACCGCCGUAUGGGGAAGCGGAGUCGGCUCCGACUUCUGCUUUCGGCGAGCGAUAUGCGGCUCCUCGCUACCACAGCAAGAGCGUGAUCGCAGCCGCUGGGCUGACGGUGGACCUGCCUUCUCCAGACAGUGGCAUCGGAGCUGAUGCUGUCACUCCUCGAGACCACACCGCCGUGCAGCAGUCGUUCGACUACACGGUGAUCUGCCAACAGCCCGGGACGGCGGAGGACGGGCGCGGCACCCCCUCGGCGCACCACUCGCCCGCGCAGCCGCCCCGCACGAGGCCCUGGCACGACUUCGGCAGACAAAAUGACGCCGACAAAAUACAAAUAGCUAAACUGUUUUCCCCGUACGGGUUCAAGUAUCACCUGGAGACGGCCAGCAGCAGCUCGCAGAGGCGUGAGGAUGACCGCAUCACCUACAUAAACAAGGGCCAGUUUUAUGGCAUCACUCUCGACUACACGCAUGAUCCGGAUAAACCGCUGAAGAAUCAAACAGUCAAGAGCGUGGUAAUGCUGAUGUUCCGAGAAGAAAAAUCGCCGGAGGAUGAAAUUAAAGCUUGGCAAUUUUGGCACGGCAGGCAACAUUCCGUCAAACAGAGGAUAUUAGACGCUGACACGAAGAACAGCAUCGGUCUGGCCGGCUGCAUCGAGGAGGUGGCGCACAACGCCAUCGCCGUCUACUGGAACCCGCUCGAGAGCGCCGCCAAGAUUAAUAUCGCUGUUCAAUGUCUGAGUACGGACUUUAGCAGCCAGAAGGGAGUUAAGGGUCUACCACUUCACAUUCAGAUUGACACAUUUGAGGACCCGCGAGACACGCAAGUUUACCACAGAGGAUACUGUCAAAUCAAGGUCUUCUGUGAUAAGGGUGCAGAAAGAAAAACGAGGGACGAAGAGAGAAGGGCAGCGAAACGGAAAAUGUCAGCAACAAAUAGGAAAAAGUUGGAUGAAAUAUAUCAUCCAGUGACGGAAAGAAGCGAAUUUUAUUCCAUGGCGGACUUAACAAAGCCUCCGGUUCUGUUCAGUCCUGCCGAGGACAUAGACAAGUUGGCUGGGAUGGACAUCCAAGGCUUCUACGGUCACGACGAAGCCGCGCUAGCAGAAGCUCACUUAAAAGGAGCAUCGCCAUUCCUCUUGCACGCAGCCAAACCUCAAGCACCAGCACUGAAAUUCCACAAUCAUUUCCCACCAGAUGCCCCAGCGUAUAGAUCAGACGUAGGCGGGCUGUCGCCAUACAGCGACCGCAAGGACUCCCUGGAGCUGGAGAGUGUGAUGGGCAAGCGCGCGCGCACGGGCACGCCGCCGCUCAGUGAGCGCGUCAUGCUGUACGUGCGCCAGGACACGGACGACGUGUACACGCCGCUGCACGUCGCGCCGCCCACCACGCAGGGCCUGCUCAACGCUAUUGAGAAUAAGUACAAAAUUUCAAGUUCGGCAAUUAAUAAUCUUUAUCGAAAGAACAAGAAAGGGAUUACGGCCAAAAUUGACGAUGAAAUGCUGGCGUACUACUGCAAUGAGGACCUGUUCCUACUGGAAGUGCGGCCGGCGGGCGCCGCCGACGACGAGCCGCUCUACGACAUCACGUUCGUGGAGCUCCCGCUCGACCACUAGCUGUCUCCAACAGUGUCUCUCCAGGACCCCACAUCUCAACACUUGGACAAACGUUACGUUUUCCCUUUCAGUUCUCGAUACGCAGAGAAUAUUAUUUAUAAGAGAUAAGGUUGUCUCGAAAUAUGUUGUCGAUCUCAGAUUGAAAUUUACUUUUAAGCGAUUCCAUCAUAAUAAAAAUGGAUGUUACAAACGUUGGUCGCUAGAUGAAUCGGUUGAAGAGUAUCCCUUUUUUAUUGUAUAUAACUACUUAUCUAAUUUAGUGCCUUAUGAAAUUAAAAAUAUUAUGCGUACGCAACGACCUAUGUGAUGGCAAAAUUGUUUUGGUUUUAGUAACGAGAGAUUCGUAUUCUUAAUUAUCUGAUUUGUAAAUGAAUCGUUAUCUGUUGCUGAAUAUGUGCCAUUCACUCGGAUAUCAUACUAGUUGUAUGUAGUUAUCGUUUCAACAGGUACCUUUUAAUCUUGCCAUGAUGAUAAAGUAAGAAAUUCUUGUCACAAAAUGUAGGUAUUACUUAUCUACAAAUAAUAAAAAUUUUAAUAUUAUGUGCCUUCGUCAUAAUACUUAUGUUAUACUUAAUUAUCAUUAAAUGUAAGUGAGUUAAGUCAAAUUACAUGCCAUCCACUUUUGUUAAGUUUUAUUUUCGUAAGUUCGCUCUUAAAGAUCGCUCAAUUCAUUUCUUUUGCUUAAGGCUCUAUACACACAGCUUGUUUCCGUUAAUACCAUUUACUCACUUCUGUACAUAGCAUUUACAAAAUUCGACUUUUCCUCUCAUUAUAAAACAUUCCAAAUCGAAAAUAUCAAGAUAAAAAAUAAAAACGUGAUAGAGUCGCAAAUUUGCAUAAUGAAUUUUAUAAAUAAAUUAAAUAGUCAUUUAAAGGUAGUCACCAGUCGUCCGAACAAUAUUAGCAUUAUCAUCGACGGGAGCGGUUUGUGUAUGUGUACCUAAUUUUAAGAUUUUAUCGAUAAAUACAUAUUUGUUAUAUAUAAAUUGAAUUUCGAUACUUAAGUUAUCGGGCCAUGACAUUUAGUUUAUGAAGAGAAUAGUGUCCAAGACUUAUUUAUAAAUGUAAGGUUCCAUUUAAAACAGAUCGAAUAAAUUUCUGUGUGUAAUUAAAUUCAGCUCGAAUACAGAAGUCAGUGUCGGUGAUACUGGUUCGAGACGCGUAGUACACGAGAGCGGUAUCAUAAAGCACAGCUAGUUGAGGUCAACAAUGUAGUGGAUUUAUAAUAAACCUCGAUCGAUCCGAGCAAUUGAACACAGAAAUUUUAAGUUAGUUUCUCUCCACCGAUUUACAUUCAAAAUUCAGAACAAGGUUCUGCUUUUGGAGUUUGUCAUAGACGAAGUGAUCCGAUGUUGUGUGCCUGUGCCUAGUGCGGACGGUUCGAUUAACUGCCAUAUUAUGACAUAAUUUAGAAUACGUACUAGAUGUAGAAUUUUAAGCAUAGUUUGUGUUUUUUACUCUCUGACUUGCAUCACUAGAUAUCGAAUUUUUAAUUAGGAUAAUGUUACUUCAUAAUAUUAUGUCUAUGAAACGUAUUGUUUUUGUUUCUAUUAGCUGCGAUUGCGUUGUGACUUGUUCCGUCCCUCGCGUUAUUUUGUUUGAUUUAAUAUUAAUACUGGUUCUUCCAAUUAUUCGGCUUACACUCGUUAAUGUCUCUCCACUGUAUUUUAAGUAUUCUGUUUGAAAAUGUCUUUACAAAAUAGAAGUUAUAAAACGUAGCCUGUAGGCGCAUAUGAUUGCUCAAAGUCUGCAUUUGCCAUUCCAUACAAUGUGGAGCGGACUCUAACAUUGUUAUUACUUUACCUACUUAUACGUAUUCCAUAAUUAUAUUUAUUUAUGUACUUAUACUAUUAUAAUAAAUUGUGCAGCUUUAAUUUUUACUUACAAUGAUGUUAGAUCGUGAUUCUGAAUCUCGUCAUAAGUCACAAAUGUCAGUAGCAAUAAUAUAGAGCAGUUUAAUGUGUAGUUAGUGGUCGCGUCGGGGCGCUUCACCGCCGAGCGGAGCUGCGCGGCGAGCCAGUGCAAUGUUAAAGAGUUAGUAUGGGCGGGGAGCGGCAGGCGGGGCGUGGAGCGGGGCGGCGCACGGCGCGAUCCGACACAGAUGUUAGUCACACUAGUUAAACACAUCCCGAAAGUGGUAGCACAUUUUCGAUAUUAGAUUCUACUGUACUAAGUUUAAAUUGAUGAAUAGAUGUUACGUUAUUAUUUUAUAUGAAUAUUUGUAAGUUGUCAUAAAAUAUUAUUAAUAUAAUUAUUUUUAUCAAAGUUUAUAAUCUAAAUAAAAAUGUUUUUCUUCAAAACGUCGAACAACUU